CUUUUCCCAACCAAAAUAAAAGACAAGAACUUUUACACUUCAGCAACAAUUAUUUGUUUUUAACGACAUUAACCAUAUAAAACCUUUAGAAUGAACAAUCUGGACAGUUCAUUGCAGGCGCACAAUAAGUUGGAAAAGGAAGCUACUAAUUUGGCUCUGCUGAAAGAUCGGGUGGAUAAGUAUCAUGAUCUCUCCACGCAAAUGUCCAGUAUACUUACAAUCUUCGAGAAGCGUUUGGGGAACCUGGAGCAGACCAUAUUACCCGUCUACCAGGAGACGGAGCAGCUUCAGAAAAGGCAGCAGAAUCUGGAAGCCACCCUGAAUUGCCUAGAAAGUGUCCUCUCCCACUACGAUGUCUCCCAGGAGGUGUGCCAGCUGAUUCACCAGGGUCCCGUGGAGGGAAAUAUCUCCGUCUUCCUGGAUGCACUGGCGAAACUUCGGGAUGCCAAUGAUUACUUCCGGCACAACAAUUCCCAGAGUGUGGAGCUCGAGAAUGUCACCAGUUUGUUUAAUACCGGAUGCGAGGGUCUCAAUCAGCACUACAGUAUGCUGCUUAAGAAGCACAGCGCUCCGCUGAAGCCCGUGGAACUGUUGGAUCUUAUCUACAUCGAGGACGACUCCAGCGAUGAGUACACCUCGUUCCGGCAACUGUCGCAGACCACUCGCGAGGAGCUGUACACCAUCUCCCACUGGCUGGAACAAAAUUUAAGGGAGUACACCCACAUCUACGCCACGGAACGGGGCGAUGUGGUCCUCCGAUCGCUGCAGCUGCUCAAGGAUCACCAGAAGAGCAACAGCUGGGGUCACGAGGCACUGAGACCUCGGCACAGUGGACGUCAAACGGAACCCAAAAAGACCACCUCUGCGCGCCUGCAGCAAAUAUUCGAAAAGAAGGCCAAUAAACUAUAUCUACGAGCGACCCAGACGAUUGAGCAGUCCACCGGCUUUUCCAUCAAGAAGGCAUCGUCUCACAGCGAUCACCUGACAUCCGAGGACCUGCUGGACGGAGAUCAGGAGCUGGACAAGUAUUUGGUCAUGUUGCUGGGACUCCAACGUCUCCUCAACUGGGAGCGAGCCAUCAUGCACGACAUUAUUCCCCCGUCGAAACACAACGAAGUAUUCGCCCGAUUGGCCUAUAAUGCCAUCGAUCUGGUGGUUAAGGACGCAGAGUCCAUCACCCAACGCAUCCUGCGCUGCAUCUCCCGAAAAGAGUGGACCUCGGCACUGGGUAUAUUCUCCGCCCUGAAACGGGUAAUCCUGCUGCAACCGGAUAUCGAACGCACCUAUGAUCCAGCGCAAAGAGAACAGCUCACCAAGGUGUUAAAUAAGUUGCAACACACGGGAGCCAAGGCACUGGAGCACUUCCUGGACGUGGUCAAAGGGGAAUCAAGCACUAACAUUGUGGGCCAAAGCAAUGUUCCAAAAGAUGCCACCGUUCACGAGCUGACCUCCAAUACGAUCUGGUUUAUUGAGCACUUGUACGAGCACUUUGAUGUGAUUGGAUCUAUUUUGGCGCAGGAUGUCCUGUACUCCACGCAACUGGACACCAUUUUGAUGAAGAAGGUGCUGGCUGGCGAUGAACGAAACAAGGCUCUCCUAGCCAUUUACAUAAAGAAAGCAUUGGCAGAGCUGAAUCUUUCCAUCAUGAACAAGUGCGAACAGUAUAAUGACCAGGCCACUAAGCACCUCUUCCGCCUUAACAACAUUCACUACAUCCUCAAGUCGCUGCAGCGCUCCAACCUGAUUGAUCUGGUCACCUUGGCGGAACCGGAGUGCGAACAUAGCUACAUGGAGAUGAUACGCGAACUGAAGGCUAGCUAUCAGAAGACCUGGUCGAAAAUGCUGGUGGGCAUCUACUCCUUGGAUGAACUUCCCAAACCAGUGGCCGGCAAGGUCAAGGAUAAGGACCGCAGUAUUCUGAAGGAGAGAUUUUCUAACUUCAACAAGGAUUUUGAAGAAGCAUGUAAAAUUCAGCGAAGCAUCUCAAUACCCGAUGUCAUAUUGCGAGAAGGCAUCAAACGUGAUAAUGUGGAGCAUAUUUUACCCAAAUACAAUAAAUUCUACGAAAUUUACUCUGGAGUGCACUUUAGUAAGAAUCCCGAUAAAUACGUUAAGUACAGACAGCAUGAGAUAAACGCUAUGCUAAGUAAGCUCUUCGAUGAUUCGGCCUAGAUCUAAGUUCCUGGCCAGGGUUCAUGUGCAUUCCUCGUAAGUUCGUUGGGGGCUUUAAUUCAAACUCAAUAAAUAUCGCUUUUAAAAAAGUA